GUAGACCUGAGCUCGCACUCGUCGUCGUUGUACACGCGAUAGUUCAGCGGGGCAUUCGAUCUGCCGAAAACGGCGCGCCUUUUCCUUCACUGUUAUUGGUCACGCACGCAUCCUCUCGUCGUUUUCAUUCUCACCUUUUUAUUUUUUUAAGGAUUCAUAGAUUCACACACGGAGUUAUUCCUUUAGAUUCUCUAUACUGCUUGCGUUCGCGUGGAUAUUUGUUGGCCCAUCACGCAUGUCAGCGUAUACGGUUAAUUCCACCGUCGUCCACGCGGCGCUCGUCUCCGAGGUCGCACAGCGCGACGGCGCGUUGUCGCGGUAUCGGGCACUGCGUGAAGAGUACGCGAUGGCGCGUCUGGUGCGCGUCCGGCAACAACGUUUGAUGGCGUCGCACAUGGAAACGCUGUCUCAGCUUCAGCGCUGCGUAGCCUCUCUUCUUGAUCUGCAGAGCACCACAGAUGACAAGGCGCAUGCGGAGGCCAAUGUUCCCGACACUCUGGUGGAAGCGGUGCGAGUUCUCGUAGCAGCAGAGAGGGGUGAAGGAGUGAGGGAGAGCUUAAAGUCAACGCUCGCACGCUACACGGCUUGCCGAACGACGCUGUCAGCUUCCUUCACAGCACCUGGCACUUGUCAAGACACACAGCCCCUUGAAAGGAGUCGGAAGGAACAAGUAGCUGCAGAAGGACGACCUGCAUUAGGAGACGCGUUGCCCUCGGCAUUCGAACUGCGCCCUUUGUUGUAUUGGUCCGACGCAUCGCUUUCUUAUCAGCGUCGUUUACUCGAUGCACGACGUCUUCUGGCAUCAGAGGUGGCGCGCGCGAGAUGCCAAGCGGCGUUGCUCACCGCUGACAACACCACGAACGGUUUUGCUGGUGCUGCAGCGGCACAAAAGCAGCAGGCAUCUGCGCUGGAGGAGGCGCGCGCCGAGCUGAAGAGCGCAAAGGACUUUCAGCGCUGUGUGAAGCGGCGAUUGUACGAGGUACAUCAGCAGAUAGCAAGGGAAACAUUGCCAGCAAAUGAUGGUUCCCAAGGCCGUCUCGCCCCCGAGGCUGCUGCUGCGAUGCGAUCCCAAAUAACGAAGGAGCUUCGAAACGGUCGCGUAACUCUGCUGCGGAUUCUCUGCCAGGAGAUCGGGUCGUCUUGGCUUUGA